GGCUGUGCGCACGCGUUGUUGCCUUUCGUUACGAUCGUUUAUUAACUCUAUAAGUUCACCCACAAUAAACUUAUCAUAAAAUGCAAACCGAUUCUAGUGGCGACGACCUUAGUGAUUCAGAAAUAUUGAAUAAAUGCGAAGAACAAUUAAAUCAGAUGAAUAACAUGGAUGAGCAAAUACUAACAAGCGAAGGUGGUAAUAAACAAGUUGUAAGAAGUGCAGAGAAGAGAAAAGAACGAGAAGAUACAAAUAGUGAAGAUGAUUUUAUUACUGUGGUCAGAGGGAAACCAAAACGUUUAUUAAGAAGUAAUUCACUGGAAGUAAAUGAUAGCCAAGGAAAAAAUAAGGAAAAUGAUGGCACUUUCAAAAUUCCGGCAAACCACGAAGUUUGUGUUACUGCCAAGGAGAAUCUACCGAAACCAAUAGCAUUUGCUAAAUUACUACGUUGUGAAAAUAUUAAAGAUAUUCUUCGGAUAAAAUAUAAAAGUGCUAAUAAAGUACUUAUUCAAUGCCAACGAAAAGAAGAUGCCCUAAAACUGAUUGAAUGUAAAAAAUUCAAAGAAAUGGGUUUACGGUGUCAAUUAACACAAGAAAUGUCGGUAUCAUAUGGAAUAGUAAAAGGAAUCGACCUUGAACUGAGUGAAGAAGAACUGAUGGAUAUUUUUAAAUCAAGUGUUGAUGUUUUAUCGGCGAAAAGAUUAAAACGAUUAUUACCAGAAGGAAAAUGGGUCGAUUGUGAAUCUGUUAGACUGUGCUUCAAAAGUAAUGUACUACCGGAAUAUAUUUACGCCUACGAUUGCAGAUUUAAGGUUGAAAAAUAUGUAUUUCCAGUGACACAAUGCUCAGGCUGUUGGCAAUUUGGCCAUCUCAUUAAAUUUUGUCCUACGAAAAAAGUCGUAUGCCCAAAAUGUGGAGGAACUCAUGAUAACUGUAACAUAACAAACUUUAAAUGUUUAAACUGCAAGGGGAAUCACUUCGUUUUGAACAAAAAGUGUCCUAUGUAUCUAAAAGAAAGAUCCAUCAGGAAUAUUAUGAGUGAAGAAAACGUUACAUAUAGAAAAGCCUUACAAAUCCUAAAAACGAAGAAAGGAGAAGAAAUAACAGAGGUGAUCUCACAAGAAAAUAAUGACAAUCAAUUUGAAAUCGUGAACAACAACGAGAAAGAAACUUAUAGUAAUGUACUGACAAGGGCCUUAAUACACCAUGAAUCAGUAUCUAAUAGAGAAGAAGAACGAAGGGAUGAUACGGGUACGGAUAAACAGCAAAAUAUCAGAAGUUCAAAACAAAAAACAAAUAAACAAAAUAAUUACCAGUACCAAAACAAAAAACCAAUAGAACAACCAAUAAUUAAAGAAAUAAGUGAUAAACAGGAAGAAAAAAGAAGUAAUAAACAUAGUUCUCAAUGGUUAGAUUUAUUUGAAUGGACAAAAAUUUGGACGAAAAUAAAGAAUAUCUGCAAAUCUAAACUAAAACUAGAAGAAAAAGCAAUGUCAUUGUUAAAACUUAUUGGGGAAGAAUUAAAGAAUUUUUUGAUCAACAUACUAUUUGGAGAAGAUAUUUUAGGAUAUAUACAAUGUUUUAAUAAUGAAUAGUUUACAAAAAGUUAAAAAAGUGAAUAUAUUCCAAUGGAAUUCACAAAGUUUGCGGCCUAAACUUGUAUCCUUUUCUAAUUUACUUAUACAACAAAACAUUCAUAUCGCAAUUAUAAGUGAGUCAUGGUUCGAUCCCGACGUCAAUGUAAACAUAAGCGAUUACAAUGUAUAUAGAAACGAUAGAUAUGAUAGUUAUGGUGGUGUAGCUUUGUUGAUUCAUAGAUCAAUUCAAUCUCACCUGGUGUCGUUUAAUAUUAAUAAUGCGGGUAUUGAGUUAAUAUGUGUUAAGUUAUUAAACUGCAUAGACUUAGAAUAUGUUGUGUCGAUUUACUGUCCUUCAUCUAUACACACUCAGAUUUCGGAUUGGAAUGAUAUUUUUUCUCACUUUACUUGUAAAACAUUAAUAGCUGGGGACUUUAAUGGCCAUCAUACUAACUGGUCGACUAAAUCCGACACGAGAGGCAAUCAAAUAUUGGACUCAUCCCUAGAAAAUGAUUUUAUUUCUCUUAAUAACGGCUUGGCAACACGCAUUAAGUUAGUGAAUGGAAACUUGCAGCAAACGUCUCCCGAUAUAUCGUUUAUUUCCUCUGACAUAGCAAUAAAAUUCGAUUGGCAGGUAUUUAACGAAAAUCUCGGCAGUGACCACAUGAUCAUUAAGAUGUCAGCAAACUUAUCUAGCUUGGUACAUAUUGUUAGG